AUGGAUAUUUUCAGCUCGCUCGUCACCGGGGGCGCGCGCUUCGACAGGAAGCGCUUUGGCGAGGAUAUCGCUGUCUUUACUGAGUCGCGUGCGCCAAAAGAGCAAGAGGCAAGCACGUCGAGUGCGCCGGCGGCCGUGCCGAAAGCGCUCGACUUUUUCAACACACACAAAGAGGAGCGGCGCGCGGCCGAGGCCGAGCAAGGGCCGCGUGUGCGCGAUGAGGCGCCGGCCGCACCGCUGCGCCGCUCGGAGCUGCCUGAAUUCCUGCGCACGCACCAGCUCAAGCUCAAGGGCACCGACGUGCCGCUCCCGCUGCGGUCCUGGGCGGACCUCGAGCAGCGCUGGGACGUCCGCCCGUGGCUGCGUGAGAACUUGGUCGCUGGAAACUGGCCGCAGCCGACGCCGAUCCAGUGCGGUGCGAUCAGUGUCAUGCUCGAGGGCCGCGACCUGCUCGCGGGUGCGCCGACCGGCUCGGGCAAGACGAUUGCUUUUCUCCUGCCGCUCCUCCAGCUCCUCGGCGAGCACAGAAAAGGGGGGCUGCGCGCAGUGAUUGUGAGCCCCACGCGCGAGCUUGCGCAGCAGAUCUAUGAGCAGCUGCAGCGCCUCGCGCACGGCCAGGCAUUCCGUACGUGCCUCCUGACUCGCUCCGGCGCCAAGUCCCAGACGCCGGGCUUGAACAAGAAAUACGAUAUCCUGAUUACGACGCCGCUGCGUCUCGUGCACGCGAUCGAGCACGAGGAGCUCGACCUGUCGCAGGUCGGCAACCUCGUGCUGGACGAGGCCGACCGUCUGCUCGAGCAAGGUUUCCUCGAGCAGACCGAUACCAUUCUGGCCGCGUGCACAAACCCCAACCUGCGCAAGGCGCUCUUUAGUGCGACGCUCCCGGCGGGUGUCGAGGAGCUCGCCAAGACUUUUAUGGUCGACGAGUGCCGCGUGCUGGUCGGCCAAAAGGACUCGGCGACGACCACGAUCGAGCAGCGCCUCGAGUUCGCCGGAUCCGAGGACGGCAAGCUCCAUGCGCUGCGUGCGCUCAUCCAGUCCGGCGGCAUGAAGCCGCCCGUGCUCCUUUUCGUGCAGUCGAUCCAGCGCGCACGCGAGCUCUUUCACGAGCUCGUGUACGACGGGCUGCAUGUCGACGUCAUCCACUCGGAGCGCCCGAAAGCGCAGCGUGAAGCGGUGAUCCAGGCGUUCCGCCGCGGCGAUAUCUGGAUCCUGAUUUGUACCGAGCUUAUGGCGCGCGGUAUCGACUUCAAGGGCGUGAAUUUGGUGAUCAACUACGACUUUCCCCAGACGGUCCAGAGCUACAUCCACCGUAUCGGCCGUACGGGUCGUGCAGGCAAGCAGGGCACGGCGAUCACCUACUUUACCAAGCAAGACGCGCCGUACCUCAAGACCGUCGUCAACGUCAUGCGGCAGUCCGGGUGCGACGUGCCCGAGUGGAUGCUCAAGCUGCCCAAGCCGUCCAAGCUGCUCAAGCAGCAGCUGCGCAAGAAGCCGAUCGAGCGCCGCGACGUGCGCGCCGCGUCCGGAAGCAGCUCGUUGGGCCGCCGCCUCGCGCACCGCAAACGCGACAUGGUGCAGGGCAGCAAGCGCCGGAAAGAAAAGGCGAACAAUUCGUAG